AGAAAAGUGGGAGAUUCAGUGUUGAAGGGAAAAGAGUGACUCUAGUAUCGCAGAACGAUUGAAGAUUCUGUUGAUGGGAGUUAUGGCUUGUAACGGAUUAUAGGCACAUGAGAUCAUCGAGCACAAGGCUGCUGGGCUCAACACUUUUGUGAAACAAUUUAAUUUAUUGGGUAUGGAAUUCAAGUGUGCUUCCCCAUUGAUACUUUAGCUGCGGUGGUUUUUGCAUACAUAAUUAUAAUGGUGACGAGGAAAUGCUUGGGCGAUGCAAACAGUUUUUUCUUGAGCUAAUGAAGGUUCCUAGAGUGGAGUCAAAGUUAAGAGUGUUCUCCUUCCGGAUCACUUUCUCAACUCAGGAAUUGCGUGCCAACUUAAAUACAAUCAACAAUGCUUCUAGAGAGGUAAAAGAUUCUUUGAAACUGAGAAGAGUCAUGCAGACCAUUCUUUCUCUAGUAAAUGCGUUGAAUCAGGGAACAGCUAGAGGAUCAGCUAUUGGCUUCAAACUUGACAGUCUUCUAAAAUUGUCAGACACUCGUGCAAUAAACAAUAAAAUGACGUUAAUGCACUACUUAUGCAAGAUGAUUUCUGAUCAAAUGCCGGAGUUGCUAGAUUUGAUAAGGAACUUAUUCGUCUGUAAGCGGCAUCUAAGCUGAGGAGAUGCAAGCAGUAAGUAAGGGUCUUGAAAAGGUCGAGCUGGAGCUCACUGCCUCAGAAAAUGAUGGUGCUAUAUAACUGGGCUUCCAGAAGGCUUUGAAAACAUUCCUUGAAACAGCUGAGGCUGAUGUUAGGUCUCUCAUUUCCUUGUACUCUGAAGUGGAUGAGCACAUUGCAAGUGAAUUAUAACUUAUUGUAUAUUUAAUUUUUCUUCAUGUUCAUAGUUUGUAAGGGUUAAUUCCAUGGCCUUGUUGGCUCUCUAUUCAAGACAAACAUAAUUGUACCAAUGGCUUCUCCCUAAAAAGUUAAUGCUAAGUUGGCAUGGCCAAUUAUGUCCUAACUAUGUCAAUUAGAGUCAUAUUAUGCCUCUUGGCUACAUAUUUUUAUUGUGAUGUAUAUAAUAAGGUUGUUUAGUACAUUAUUCUAUAAUCUC